AAAACCAUACACACAGCGGCAGAAAGGACGAAGAAGACGUUGAGAGGGCUCCUUUCUCAGAAGAAGUAAACAACGAAUCUUCUGCAGAAAGAGCUGUAGACUCUGUUCAAGAAUCAGUUGCAGAACAAACACCUGAAUUAUCUGGCAAAGAACCGGAAAAGGAGAAGCAUUUCCCAAUUCCUGAAGGAUUAGCACCAGCACCUGAAGAUUCGGCUGCUUUCUUAGAAGACGUAAACAACGAAUCUUCUGCAGGAAAAGAAGAAUCAGGCGCAGAUUCACCUCCUUCUUCGGCUCCUUUCUUAGAAGAAGGAAACAACGAAUCUUCUGCUGAAAAAACCGUAGAAUCUGUUAAAGAAUCAGUCGCAGAUCCACCUCUCAAUUCUCAAGUACAAACACCUGAAUUAUCUGGCGAAGAACCAGAAAAGGAGAAUCAUUCCCCAAAUCCUGAAGGAUCAGCACCAGCACCUGAAGAUUCGGCUUCUUUCCUAGAAGAAGUAAACAACCAAUCUUCUGCAGGAAGAGAAGAAUCGGGCGCAGAUUCACCUCUUUCUUCGACUCCUUUCUUAGAAGAAGGAAACAACGAAUCUUCUGCUGAAAAAACCGUAGAAUCUGUUAAAGAAUCAGUCGCAGAUCCACCUCUCAAUUCUCAAGUACAAACACCUGAAUUAUCUGGCGAAGAACCAGAAAAGGAGAAUCAUUCCCCAAAUCCUGAAGGAUCAGCACCAGCACCUGAAGAUUCGGACAGUGAAAUCAAGUCUCCAGAAUCCAAAGAAGAGGAAGAGAAUGAUAAUAAGGAAGACGAUGACAUUCGCACAGGAUCGUUAUUGCAGGGAUCUAUAGCUGAACAAUCAACAUCUCUAGCUGUACAAUCAUCUGAAGAUUCAAACUGUGAAACCGAAAAUUCACAGAACAAGGAGAAGGAUAAAAUCCAAGAGUUCUUGUCGGAAAUUGACGAAGAAAGUGGAUCGGAAGCUGAACCAUCAACAUCAACAUCAACAUCCAAAGAUUUAGACCGUGCAUCCUUAUAUUCAGAUUCCGAAAAACAAAGUGACGGAGAAUCUGACCAAUCAGCUGAAGAUUCAAACCGCGAUUUGAACGAAGAAGAGCGAGGCCCCAGGAAGUCUAAAAAAAAGGAGUAUACUAUAACACCGCGCCCAUGGCAAGGAGUCGAAUCGCAAAGUGACUCAGAAUCUGAACAAUCAGCUGAAGAUUCAAACCGUGAUUUAAACGAAGAAGAGCGAGGCCCCAGGAAGUCUAAAAAAAAGGAGUAUACUAUAACACCACGCCCAUGGCAAGGAGUCGAAUCGCAAAGUGACUCAGAAUCUGAACAAUCAGCUGAAAAUUCAAACCGUGAUUUGAACGAAGAAGGGCGAGGCCCCAGGAAGUCUAAAAAAAAGGAGUAUACUAUAACACCACGCCCAUGGCAAGGAGUCGAAUCGCAAAGUGACUCAGAAUCUGAACAAUCAGCUGAAGAUUCAAACCGGGAUUGGAACCAAGAAGAGCGAGCGCUCAGGAAUUGGCCCACCAAUCAAGCUAGUGACUCAGAAUCUGAUCAUUCAACAUAUGGAUACCCACACUUAACCAAUCGGCAAGUAAUUGAAAUCAGGGAAUAUAUCGCAUCGGGCCGCUUUGAAGAAUCACAUGAAUUUGAAUCUGAUAGUGAAGCUUCUACUGUCAAAUUCGAGCCACCAUCAGACAACGAGGAAGAGGAACCAAACCCUGAUGUUUCAGUAGAUCUUUUAGACAGACAGCACUCAGAAAAUUUAAAUUUUUUCUCAGAAUCCGAAGAAGAGGAGCCUGCUCAAGUAGACGAUAAUUAUAAAUCCCCAAAAGCGCCUUUAGAAUCUAGGAAAGUUGUGGAAUCAGAAGAAGAUACUGCGGACGAAGAUUCAGAGGAGGAAAGACAGCCUUGUUUUUCAGAAGCUGAAGAAGAGGAGCAUGAUCAACUAGACGAUAAUUAUUAUAAUUCCCUAGAACCACCUUUAGAAACUGAGCGAGUUGUGGAAUCAGAACAAGAUACCGAGGACGAAGAUUCUGAGGAAGAAGAACAGGAGCCUUUUUCUCCAGAAGAUCGUCACACAGAUACCGAUACCGAUACUGACUCGGAUUCCGAUCCAGACGAUAAACGCGAACCUUCUAGCUCUGAGGAAAGCAACGUAGAGCAACGCCAAAAUCCUAAGGGCGGCGGAGAAGACAACGACGAAGACCAGACUUCAACUUCUCACGCGGACGGAGAUCAAGGUGCAGAUUCUGAGGAAGCUAACGAUUCCACACCUUCUGACUACCAGAAGAAGGAGAGAGCUCCAAUUUUGAAAGAGAACGAUACCCCAUCAGAGUCUGAAUCAGAUUCGGGUAUAUCAUUGGGUUCAGAUAUUACUACUGCUACUGCCUUACAACGAACUGCACGCAAAAGAAAAUCGCCAUAUUGCUGGGAGGAGCGCAGCAAAGUUAAGUGCAGGAAACUCGAUCUUCUUUGCUGGAUUCAAGAGAAGCGGGACAAGUGCGAGCCGAUGCAAAACGAAAUGGUCAGCAUACCGGUGGCCAACUUGAACGGCGGCCUUAAGGCGGCCAGCAGCGGAUCCGGAGUGGGUGUGGCGGCCACGGGCGGUGUCGUCUCCUCGGCGGUGCUGGCCAAUGCGCCACGUGUCUACCUGACGCCCUCCUCCACCUUCAUGGCCAAUCGUCAGGCGACGGCUGGCAUGGUGGCGGCCACGGGUAAGCUCAGCGGAUCAUUGAUAGGCGGCGGCAUCGGCGGCAUCGGCGGUGGCGGCGGUGGCGGCGGCGGCACAACAACAAUGGUCGGCGGCACCUCAUCUGCCGCCGGCACCGUUCGUUACUUUUCGCAAUUCAGCAAAGUGCAAACGGCCGGCGGACCCAGUCUGCAGCGAAAACUGGUCAACGGCGACACCAUUGUGCUGGCCAAUGGCAACAAGGGUCUGUUCCUCACCAGCAGCAGCAGCAGCAACAGCGACAGGGCCACGGUGCUGUCCACCAUUGCCGCCAAUGGCAAUUGUUCGCUGCAGGCCAAAACGGAGCUCUUGGAGGAGGAGGACAUGCAGCCGGGAACUGUGAUCCAGGACGACGACGACGACGACGAGGAGGACGAGAUGGAGGUGGAUGGUGAUGGGGAUGGAGAUGGAGAUGGAGAUGGAGAUGGGGAUGGUGAUUCGGACAAGGACGAGGACGAGGACGACGAGGAGAAGAGCAAACGCAGUGCACCACAGGAUCAGCCACUGGCACUGACCACCAACUCGGCGGAGGGCAACGCCUCCGACGAUGAGCCCGAGCUGGACAUUGUGAUCAACAAUGUGGUCUGCUCCUUCAGCGUGGGCUGCCAUUUGAAGCUACGUGAUAUUGCCCUCCAGGGCUCGAAUGUGGAGUAUCGUCGCGAGAACGGAAUGGUGACCAUGAAGCUGCGCCAUCCCUACACCACGGCCUCGAUUUGGUCGUCGGGCAGGAUCACCUGUACGGGUGCCACCUCCGAGUCAAUGGCCAAAGUUGCGGCUCGUCGCUAUGCCAGAUGCCUGGGCAAGCUUGGGUUUCCCACUCGCUUCCAGAACUUCCGGAUUGUCAAUGUGCUGGGCACCUGCAGCAUGCCGUGGGCCAUCAAGAUUGUCAACUUCUCGGAGCGUCAUCGCGAGAAUGCCAGCUACGAGCCGGAAUUGCAUCCCGGUGUGACCUACAAGAUGCGUGAUCCCGAUCCAAAGGCCACCCUCAAGAUCUUCUCCACCGGUAGCGUAACCGUCACAGCGGCCAGCGUAAGCCAUGUGGAGUCGGCCAUCCAGCACAUUUAUCCGCUGGUCUUCGAGUUCCGCAAGCAGCGUUCGCCGGAGGAGCUGCAGCAUUUGCGCCAAAAGCAACGACAGCAAACCGGUGGCGCCGAUCCCAACGAGCUGGAGAGCCAGGUCGUCUCCGAGAACAAGGUGGCCGCCCAGGAUAAUAUCUUUAUUAAUACAACGGCGGCGCACACGAAGCCGCUGCCGGGUGACAAUACGCCGGCCACCUCGGGCAUCAUGUCCACCACUAUUGAUAGCACGGAGCGCCUUAAGCAGUUGGAGAGCUACCACCAGAUGAUGCAGCGUACGCAGGUGGAGCGUCGUCACAUACCCUUCCAGGGUGAGAAGGUAGCCUCCGCCUCCACCUCGGCAGCAGCCGCCAAAUCCUCGGGGGAUAAUAUCUGUGCCAAUGCUCGUCGCCGGGCCACCGAAUGCUGGGCCACCAAGCUGCAGAACAAGCGUCCGCGUUACAAUGAUCCCGGCACUACGGGCAGCGUUAAUAAUGCCUCGGGCACUGCUGCCACCACCUCGUCAUCAUCAUCAGCCUCAGUCUCAGCAUCAGCAUCAGCCUCAGUCGCCUUCAAUGUUGCCUCAUCGUCGUUGGGCAGCAACCAGUCGGCAUACCUGCGUAAUCCUCUCAAGACGGCCGCUCUGGCCAAUGCCCGUAUGCGCGGGGCCAAGGUGCCAACGGGCAUGGUGCUCAAGCCGGGCACACGUAUUGCACCCACCAGUGGCUUCCUGCACCAGCACCAGCAGCAGCAUCUGCAACAUCAGCAGCAGCAGCAACAGCAGCAGCAACAACUACAACAACAACAGAAGAUGAUGCGCCAGACCAGCUUCUCGCCCAGCGAUUUCCAGGUGGACGACUUGAUCGAGGAGGAGGACAGGAACGAGUUGGACCUGCUCCAGUAUUAAGCUACUAGCGCUGGCCAUGCCAAAACAUUUAAAACUUAAAUAAGAGAUGGAUGGAAACACACACACACACACGCACGCACGAUGAAACAAACAAACAACGUGCCACACAAAACAAACAACAAAACACAGAAAACUAAACGAAUCGAAUUGAAACGAAUUGAAACACACACAAACACAAAGCCCAGAGAGCUUUUCACCCAAUUCGUUUGUUCGUUCGUUUAAGCCAUUUUUCAUCACACAUUUGUUUGUGUUCGCCGCAUUUAAACGAACUCGAGGAAGAACAAGACGCUGGUCCGAAAACAAAAAAAAUUGAGAUGGAAGAGCAAUCAAACAACAUGAAUCCAAAGCGAAACUAAAAUUCCCCAUCCAGCAACACCAACAAAAACAAAAUCAACAACAAAACGAAGAGCCAAAUAUUUAACUUAUAAGAUUUACGUUUAAACGACUAUAACUUAAAUAAGCACGCAGAAACAAAAAAGCAUAUAGCAUAUAAAUUAUUUCGACCCCGAAAUAUCCCCUGCAACCUCAAAAACAUCCAUAUGGUAAACACACAGAGCUUACCACAACGUAAAUUUAAGUGUAGACUUAAAACUGACAGCAAAAUACGCGUUAUGAAAUACGUAUGCCAGCGUCUUACGUAAUUUAUGUGAGCAAGACCACCGCCUAAACAAAUACUGUAAACCUAAAUGGAUCGCAUUAUAAUGGAUCCGCACACAUACGACUUAUCAAAAGCAAGCAGUGCGAGGCGAGCAAGCAGUUGGCAGUCAAGCAGUUUGGAUCGCACGCUUACUUUAUUGUUUGAACUUAAAUUCAGACCAAGUUCUUCCGAAACAAACCAAAAUUCUCAAGCAAAAACAGGAAGAAGAGACAAGAGAAAACACUAGAAUAAUUACACUAAUUAACUGAUAAACAAACAACUAAUUAACUUUUCAUGUAUCUUCAUCCAAUUUUUUUUGUUUUCGAUCUAAGUUUUAUAUGCUAUAAGCGCUUCGUGUGAAGCAAAAGAAACAAAAGAAACAAAACAAAACCACAUUUCAAUACAAUUAUAAUUAUAUUAUAAUACACACACAACCAAUAUCUGGUCAAUAUUAAACCAAUAAUAACAAAUUAAAACUUCAGCAAGUAAAUAUUUUUAGUUUAUGAUAGUAGUUUUUGGGUUAUGCAUAAACUCGUCGAAUUAAGCAUACAUUGACGUAGGUAAAAACAAUAGUGAAUUCGGGAAUUAGGUUUAUGCAACACUUAGAAACUAUUAUCAUAUAUAUUCGUAUGUAGUAGUGUGUUUUUAUUUUUAUUUCGCAUUAUUUUAAAGAAACGAAAGUGGAAGCAACUUAAGCGUAGAUUUACAAACUUGUUCCUGUGUUGUUAAAAUCAGAAAGUAAAUCCGAAUCAUAAGCAAUAAUAUAAUGUUUUUGUUGUAAAAGAGGUAAAAAUUUAAAAAGAAAAUACUCACGUUAAACAUAAAAUAAACUCUCUAGAUGUUUUGGCGUGCCUUCACCCAUAAAUAGGAAAAAAGAGAUACGAUAGCCAAUUGUACAAUCAUUGAAAUAGUACUUCCAGACCAGAGCCCGAACUUUGUACAUAUAUAAACCCAAAAUUGAUGUUUUCCAAUUAAACGUGAAUUGCCUCGUUCUUUACAUCAACUUUCAAUUUCUUUUGUGCUUGACAUAGAACAAACUUUCAUAUCGUUCAACUUAUGCAUAAUCAAAAUAUCUUAAAAAAACAAAAUGUAAGAAAUAUCAAUGUUUUUCUUUAAUAAUUUAAACAUUUCUUUAAAAAAUGUAUUUUUGAUUUGCAUAAACGAAAUCGAGAAAUGAAAAUGCCUUUAGGGAACAAAUAACUAGCGCGGAAAGGAAAGAGAUAGGUUUAGGUAUAGUGAAAGAGAAAGAUAAAGAGAAGGAGAAGGAUAUUGACCAGAUCGGAGCCGAAAUGUAUUUUUUGUGUAUGCGAAUGUGGAUAGGUCGAAACAGACCCGAACGUGUUACAAUUGCAAAAUUAACUAGCCACUAAGCUUAGUCCUAAGUUAGUUGAGAAACGGAAUACUAAAUUGUAAGCCAAAAUGCAUAUAGCAAUCUAAAUGUACAUAAAAUAGUUGUUAACAAAUCACAAAACAAACAAAAGCAAGAAACCAACAAUAGAGUAAAGUCUUCACGUGUAACUGCCUUCGGAAAUUACAAAGAACGAAUGAAAAUCCAUUUAAAUGCGGGAAGUAAUCUGUUAAUCACGAUUGUAAAUUACUUCAAUUGAACCUAGUACUUUCACCCGAUUUUUGUUUAAACAACAACAACAACAACAACCAUCAACAAACAGACAGAUCGAAAGGCCUAAAUAAGUGUAUUUGGUUUCAUGAACUUUAAAAAAGCAAAACUAAAUAUUAAUAUAGUAUACAGAUAUAUUUUUGAUUAUUAUGUAUUUAAAGGAGAACAAUGAAAUGAUGCAAGUAUCGAUGAUAACUAAGAAAAAAAACAAAUUAAGAAAUCAAAUAGCAUAAUUCUGUUUUUGUUUUGCCGUAAAGACUGCAUUAUACCAACAAUUAAUUAUAUACAAAAUAAUAAAUAAAUAACUGAUAGAGCUGGCGAGCAAGCUUUGCAUUAAGCAGAGAACAAAACGGAUAAAUAAAUAUUAAAUCAAACAGAAAAUAUCUAAAAAAAAAAAACAACAAAACAAAACAAAACAAAACAUGGAAAACAAAACCAAGAAACAUUUAUUUAUUAGAUCCUAAGAAAACAGAGAGAAGUUUUCGCCAGCGGAGAUCGAGUCAGGCCAGAGGCGGACCUUAAAGGUCUCGCAUCCAAUACGAAAAGCAAGAUGAAAUUACCUUACCAAAACGUGCUAGCCCCCAAUCCACCACAAUCCAUGGUAAUUCGGUGGGAGAGUCUACAAAAGUCUAUAAUAAGGCGAGAAUCGGAAUAAUUAAAACUACCGUAUGAUAAAUCAAUUACCAACUAGCUGGCUAACUUAUAUCCACUAAGAUUUAUAGUUCCCCCUAAUCCCUGAAACUAGUUCUAAGUGCAUAAGUUGAAA